AUGACCAAUACUGUCUCAGGUACUCCUGAACCACCACAACCUGGAGUUUAUACUCCAGUCCCUACAUUUUUCAAGAAGGACCUUGUUACAAUAGAUUUUGAAACCCAGAUUGCCCACGCUAAGUAUUUGAGAGACAAUGGUAUCAAGGGUUUGGUUUUGAUGGGAAGCACUGGUGAAGCAGCACAUUUAACAAGAACAGAGAGAGUUUCAAUAAUUGAGGCCAUCCAUAAAAAUCUACCUGGAUUUCCAAUUCUUGCAGGAGUGGCUCAAAACUGCUUGGAAGAAGUGCUCCACGAAAUUGACGCAGUCAAAAAAGCUGGAGCAUCCUACGCACUUGUCCUAAGUUCCAGCUAUUAUGGCCCAGGAAUCAAACAAGCAGCUAUUGAACAAUUUUACACUGAGGUUGCAAAUCAAUCCAGUCUGCCCAUUAUGAUAUACGUUUAUCCAGGAGUCACCAAUAAUAUUGUGGUGGAGCCAGAAACUAUAGUCAAGCUUUCGAAACAUCCAAACAUUGUUGGAACCAAGAUAUCACAUGGAGACGUCGCACACCACACAAUGAUUGCAAUGUCACCGGUCACUAAAGAGAACAAUUUCUACACUUUCACUGGAUUGGGGCAAAUACUGCUUCCAGUUUUGAUGGUGGGAGGAAUGGGUACAGUUGAUGCACUAUCCGGAGCAUUCCCAAAGCUAUAUGUCAAAAUUUUCGAGCUAUUUCAAGCUAAGCAGUAUGAGCAAGCAGCAAAGCUUCAGUUUAUUGCUACAAGAGCAGAAGAGUUGGUGGUUAGAUUUGGUGUCGUGGGUAUCAAGAAAAUGAUCAGUAUCAAAGGGUUUGGAGAAACCUAUCUUGGAAGAAUGCCACUCAACCAGGACGUUGAUCACAGUUACUGGUCACAGUUCAAACAGAAUAUCUCGGAAAUUGUGGACGCAGAAAGUGUUUUGUAAAGUAGGUCAAUCUAUUACAUGGCCAUGUUUCGUUAUCACAGUAUAGCUGGCCGGGUUUCUGACUCCGAAUAAUGAUUAUUAUUCAUUACUGUAGAUUUACAAACAAACCGCCAUCGACCAGUAUCUGGGCGCCUGUCACAUAUUCAGACAGGUCGCUGGCAAGAAAUAUUGCUGGUCCUGCCAUAUCUGAUGGGACACCAAGUCUACCCAAUGGGACUCUUCCUUCCAUAUAGGCCUUCUUUUGUGGAUCUUGCAAGUCCUCCUCGUUCAAUUGAGUUCUGAUCGUUCCAGGGAGCAGGGCAUUACACCUAAUUUUGUGUUUACCAAGAGCGCACGCAGUUGACUGCAUGAGCUACAGGAUCGCGGCUUUCGUAGGCGUGUAAUGGGCCUGCAAUCCACCACCCACCAAUGCACUAAUGGAAGAAAUUCCAAUUAUAGAUCCACCCUUUCCUUGUUUGAUCAUCUGGGCUGCAGCAGCUUGUGUCGCGAAAAAGGCACCGUCGAGAUUGAUGCUCACAGUGUUUUUAUAGAGAUCGUAGUCAAUUUUUGUGAACUCCAUGAAUUUGCAAACCCCAGCAUUCGAUACAAAAACGUUCAGCUCACCGAAUUUGUUCACCGUUUGUUCAAUAAGCUUAAGUGAUGUUUCGGGAUAUCUUAUAUCGCCCUCAACUGCUAGCAUGUCUGGAAUCUCUUUUUUCAGACUUUGGAUCUCGUUCUCUUGGCCGCUAAGGUAAUUCACAGCGACUUUGGCUCCUUGCUGAGACAUCCCCACAGCAAUUGCUCUACCGAUCCCUGUGGCAGCUCCUGUUAUCGCAACAACUUUACCCUGGAGAAUCAUUUGAUUUUUCAGAACCAAUUAACCCCGUUGGUCUUAGUCCUAGAUCAAUUGUGUGAUCUCUUUGCUGAACUGAGAUUGUUGAAAAAAAUCCAAAUUAUAUAUGUAUUGAUCUG